AAUCUAGGCGUGUUUCCUGCUCCCGAUGAGAAUCCAGGCUUGCUUGCAUCCUACGACACGAAAUUAGAGAAAAGAUUAUCAUAGACAUUACGCACAUAAUUACACAAAAAGCGGCAUAGGUCACAAAAGGCUUUACCCACAUUUAUUUUGCCUCCUUUUAAGAGAAAAGGAACGGAUACUCCUGUCGGGAUACGCUCAACCUGUAACGAAUGACAUAAAUGUCAGUCGGUCAAGGUCCACUCUCUCUCCCCAGAUGUGCUUUUAGCAUCUACACGUUUUAUUUCACGUCAGAUUCGCUUUCUCAUUCGAAAUCUUUGCACAUUUUGAACGGAAGCACUUUCAUAUUGUGCCAGUAUGGGUCAUCUCCUCUUUUGGAUGAGGAUUUUGCUUUUUGCUUUUUGAUGUGGGACUUUAACCAUGGAUUUAAGUACAGAAGAGCAGAUAUGUAGAGCUACAGACUGAUGGUAACGAUACACGAGGAAGCACGGGAAGAAACCUACAAACAAAUCUUACACGUGAAGGAAGAAUUACAUUCUUGGAAAGAAGCUCCUGUAUUUUUAUUGCUGAUAACUUUAUGCAUUCGUAGUGGACACGGCUGUGGUUUAUUUCAGGUUAAAUUGACAAAAGACAGUCCGAUUGUAGCCUCCAUUCGCUACCAUGUCGGCGGUGAUGAUAUCACGGAAGGUUACUCGAAAAUGGGAGAAAUUACCUGGGAAAAACACCUUCUGCUGCGAUGGACGGGUAAUGAUGGCUCGCCAGAAAGGAGUAUUUUACCUGACCUUAUUUCUCAUCAUUGGAACCUGCUCUCUGUUCUUCGCCUUUGAGUGCCCGUACCUGGCAGUGCACCUGUCUCCGGCCAUCCCUGUGUUUGCAGUGUUGCUCUUCGUCUUCGUAAUGGCCAUGCUGCUCAGAACCAGCUUCAGUGACCCAGGGGUGCUGCCACGGGCGUUGCAGGAGGAGGCCAACUUCAUUGAGAUGGAGAUCGAAGCGGCCAAUGGGAACGUCUUGGCUGGACAGCGGCCUCCGCCUCGCAUCAAGAAUGUGCAAAUUAACAACCAGAUCGUCAAGCUGAAGUACUGCUACACCUGCAAGAUCUUCAGACCCCCUCGUGCUUCCCACUGCAGCAUCUGUGACAACUGUGUGGACCGGUUUGACCAUCAUUGUCCCUGGGUCGGAAACUGUGUAGGAAAGAGGAAUUACCGAUAUUUCUACCUGUUUACACUCUCGCUGUCUCUACUCACCAUCUAUAUCUUUGCCUUCGACAUCGUUCAUGUGGUUCUACGAUCUGUGGACUCAGGAUUUGUGAAUACCCUUAAAGAAACACCUGGAACUGUGUUGGAGGUUCUGGUGUGUUUUUUCACCCUCUGGUCUGUGGUGGGAUUGACUGGCUUCCAUACCUACUUGAUCUCCCUCAACCAGACCACCAAUGAAGAUAUCAAAGGUUCGUGGUCGGGAAAGAACCGUGUGCAGAACCCCUACAGUCACAAGAACAUCUUUAAGAACUGCUGUGAGGUUCUUUGCGGCCCUGCUUACCCCAGUGUGUUGGACAGAAGAGGUGUGAUGCUGGAAGACUCGUCUAGCCCCGCCCCUUCUGAUGCGUCUCCUGCUCCUACCGAUAAGAGCAGCAACCCUGUUCCACAAACCACAAAAUCCUCAGCUCCCCUAAUUCCCAAUGAGCACACCCCUGAUGAAGCCAAACCUGGCAUUGGUUCAGGCACCCAGAAGAGCGCCACCUCCCCUAAAGAUGAGAAACCCCCCUCGCCAACUUCCCCCAAUGCCGUCUCCCCUGGGGUCAUCAAAGAGUCGACCCACUAGCUUUGGCUGCGUUGUCUAGACUUCUCUCAAACUUCUGAAUGUGCUCACAUGAAGGAACACACACAGAAAAACUGUUUUGACUCUGACUUUCAAAACGGUGGCCUAUGUUCUCUGAUACUCUUUCGCAGAGCGUGUUAUCCUGCCUGGAUCCUGCGCUAGCACUCGAGACUAGAUCUGGAGGUCUUGAGACUCUCAUCUCUGAAUCACAGCAUGAUGAAGCUCACAAUGAGGCAAAUGAGGAGCCAUAGACUGAAUCAGAGUAGAAUAGGCUACACUUAAAUGUAAUGAGGACAUUAUUUCCCUUGAAAGAGCUUGUGAAAUGAUCAGUUGUUUUUUUCAGUGUCAUUACCCGUUCCUGUAUAGCCUGCCUCUAUUAUUCCUAACCAUUUGUGUGCCAUGUAAAACCCAUAACUUGCUUCUAUAGUAGUUUGUAAAAAAUGCCCUUUGGAUUAGACUUUUUUUUUUUUUUCAAAGUGUGAUAAGGAAAAGUGCUUUAGUCAUAAACGGCCCAACAAAACCGCUUUAUUCGGUUGAUGGGGUCAUUUGGAUCAGCUUAGUAAGUCAGUCAGUUAUAAAUGGGAUUUAACUCAGAAAGUUAAGCUCAGACUUGAUUUUACAAUCAGCAUGGAUGGUAGAAAGCAGAGGCCGUCAGAUGUAUGUGCCAGUGAGUACAGGCCGAUUUUGCAUCAGUGAGAGUGCCUUAUCUAUGCUCUACCAUUACAUCUACAGAAGACUCCAUAAUACUACUCAUACCUGUACAUGCAAGUCAGUGUCAUUUUUAUACAAUGCUAAUGAUCUGUCAGAACGCAAAAAAGCCAUGGAGUUAAUGUACAUAUUUUAAAAGUAACUGAGAAGCUGCAAAUUCCCUAUAUUCCCUAUAUAAGUGGAAGACAUUGUUAAUACAAUUAUUUUGAUCUUUAAGUUAAUAUUUUCCCUCCAUAUUGUCUUAUUAGGGAGGUCUUUCCACAACCGCCUGACAUUUGAGCACCAUUUCCGGCUAGUUGACCAAUCCAUCUUCAGUGUCAUUUAAGCAUGCUCUUGCAUUCAGUUGAGAAAUAUCUUUAAAUUGUGCUUGUUUUUCUUUUCCCACACAUUCUUUUAUGGUAGCAAAUCUUGCCCCAGUGUAGAAGCGAAUGUGCAAUGUAGUCACCUUUACUAAUUUCACUGUAGUAUUUUAAUGGCCACUUGUAAGGGACACAUCUACAGACUUCAGGGACUAAUAUUUUUAACAUGCGUUUCUCAUCAUAUCCACCUACACUGGGCAGUAUUGUUAAGAAGUGAAUUAAGGAUUUGGAAAAGCCAGCUUUGAAUGGUUCAGUGCCAUCUUAAAGCAUUUGGAAGUGUAUGAACUGGAAUAUUUGUGAGAUGCAUUCAUUAGUUUGUUAGUAACUCUACUGGUGUUGAAAAAUGUGUUGAGGGUAAAAGGCUGUUAUCGCAGGAAAUGCAGUCCUGCAUAACUAACAGAAUGUGCUUCUGAUGUUUAAUUUAUAGCAAAUGAAUACAAUGCUGUGAACAAUUGUGAUGAUUGUUUACACUGUCUGCUAAUGUGUAUGGAAGAUGUGAAUAUUAAUUUGCUAGGCUGAAGGUAUUACUGAGUAUAUGGAAAUGUGCUUAAAGUUAAGCUGAAUCAAUCCCACUAGUUUUGUUAUUAUCAAGAAUUUUGUGUCAUGCUAAUUUACUAAAUGAGGCACAUAAAUAAUCAAAAUCUUUAAUGCAAAGUCAGUGUAAUUUGUAAGUUUGGAAUAUUAGCAAAUGAUGGUCCGCUCUAGAUAUGUGGAUGCGAUGCAUAAUGUACACAUUGUACGUCAUCACGAAUUGGGUUAUGUUCAGUUUGCUUGGUAAUAACACUGUGAUCAUGUAUAUGCUCAUACUCUCCACUUUCUACUUUAUGAAUCUGUGUGUAAAUGUAUGUUCAUUAAAUUAUAUGGUAUUAUUACAA